AAAAAAUUGAUCGAGCGACCUAUUUUUUGUCUUAGUCUUUCUCACGAAAUUUUAAACGCAACAAAAAGAGAUAAAAGGAAAACAUGAGACGUGACAUUUCUGUCAAUGUUGAUUACAUUUGUAGGUAUUUUUUUAUAUCUUGUGCAUUGUAGCUUGUUUGAGAUAACGAAAUACUUUAAGUUCAAGGUCAUUUAAAAUUAAAAUGUUUGCUUCACCAGAAGGAAAUUUUAUACAGUUAAUUUAUUAUUUACAAUUAAUAGCUUUCUAAAAUACAGAGUAUCACGUGAUCGUAUAUAUUGAAUUUUAAUUGGUCAUCGGUGAGCGUGCCCUGCGCGACGCGAGAGGCGCAAUACAUAAUAGUUCACCAAAAUGCCGUCGGAAUCUAAGCCUUUGUUGACAGCUCAAACAGAAAAACCAAACCAUUAUAAAUAUUUGAAGGAAUUCCGAGUGGAGCAGUGUCCAUCAUUUCUACAACAUAAAUGUACACAACAUAGACCUUUUACAUGUUUUCAUUGGCAUUUUAAUAAUCAGAGAAGAAGAAGACCUGUUAGAAAAAGAGACGGAUCAUUUAAUUAUAGCGCUGACAAUUAUUGUGCCAAAUACAACGAGACUUCGGGCAUUUGCGAAGACGGCGAUGAGUGUCCAUAUCUUCAUAGAACAGCGGGUGACACGGAAAGGCGUUACCAUCUACGGUAUUACAAGACAUGUAUGUGCGUCCAUGAUACAGAUGCUCGUGGACUGUGCACCAAGAAUGGUGCACAUUGUGCGUUUGCGCAUGGCGCACCAGAUUUGCGCCCCCCGGUCCUUGAUGUUAGGGAACUUCAAGCUUUAGAGAAUCCUGAUGGUGCCGAUGGAGAUGCAGCGGCUCCAAAUGCACUCGAUAGAGAACGGAAUUUAAUGAAUGAAGAUCCAAAAUGGCAAGAUACAAAUUAUGUAUUGUCAUCAUAUAAAACAGAGCCAUGUAAAAGACCGCCUAGACUAUGUAGACAAGGGUAUGCCUGCCCGCAGUAUCACAAUAGUAAAGAUAAGCGUAGGUCACCGCGGAAGUACAAGUACCGCAGCACGCCGUGCCCCAGCGUGAAGCACGCGGAGGAGUGGGGCGAGCCCAGCAACUGCGAGGUGGGGGACGGCUGUGCUGAAGUUUUAUGA